AUGAUUCAGCUUCUGACUUGCGUUGCUGCUGACAAGCAGAAGCAAGCCAUGCAGAAUUCUCGCCGCCAGCAGGAGAUUCGCGUUCUGCAAGAGCUCAUCAAGUCCAAUGUCGUCCCGGGUAACAUGGCUGAAUUCCCUGGCUAUGCCCACCACGAGACUCGGAGGGCGAUCUUUAGCAUCAUGCACAGAUCUGAAGAUGGAACCAAGCGUUUCAGCCAGAAGGAACUUAAGAUCGUGUACUCCGCCUGGAAUCUAUGUACACGAAUUGAAGUCACCCCAACCAUUCUGUCUCGGUUCUUGUUCGGAGCUCUUUUCUACUACGUUUCUCCUCCUUUCACUGGGGCCCGUAGCGAGUACUAG